UUCCCCGCCCCCACGGCUACCAACGGCAGCCACGGCCGCCGCCGCCUUCACCCCCACCCCUCGAGCGUGCGCCUCCCACAAUCCCCCCCGCGGGACGUUCCAUUGCGCGCCCCUGCCGGGGCAGGGGAGAAGCGGGCACGCCCGCGCUGAAGAGGCUGGCCGCAGGGACCGGAAUCUUUUGAGUAGCGAGCGAAGGUACCUAGGCGCGGACCUCCUGGGACGGGCCACCGCGACGCCGAGGCUUGCUGCCCGCUUCCGGCCGCGGGGCGGGUGGCACGGUGCCCCUCCGCUGGGCUGUGGUUGCAGCCGCGGCGACUGCGCGUUGGGUAGCUUCCUGCCACACGACCCGAGCUUGCUUCACAGCUGCAGGACGGGGUGCCUCGGAUCCAGCCGCUGGCGGUGUGUGCGGGUCACCGGAGCAGGAGUCCUAGUGGUGGACUCAUGAGAACAAAGACCAUGCUGACAGGAAUAACAAGGCUUUUCUCCAGGGUCCAGAAGUUGGACCCGAGGUGUUUUUUGCACAUGAGUGUUCAAGCAACUCAGAACAGUCAGGCUCCAGCUGAGCGUCCCAGAACUGUUUCCCGCACCAGUGACAGUGACCCGGCUAAGCAUGGGGAGCAGCAUGAGGGCCAGCACUACAGCAUCCCGCUCCAGGAUCUGAAGACAGUGUUCCCUCACGGCCUGCCUCCUCGAUACACGAUGCAGGUGAAGACUUUUGGCGAAGCUUGUCUGAUGGUCAGGAAGCCAGCUCUCGAGCUUCUGGGCUACCUGAAAAAUACCAAUUUUGCUCAUCCAGCUGUGCGAUAUCUUCUUUAUGGGGAGAAGGGGACAGGAAAGACCCUCAGUCUCUGCCAUGUGGUUCAUUACUGUGCAAAACAUGACUGGCUGAUUCUGCAUAUCCCAGAUGCUCAUCUUUGGGUGAAAAACUGCCGGGAGCUUCUGCAGUCCACGCACAACAAACAGCGCUUUGAUCAACCCUUAGAGGCCUCUACCUGGCUGAAGAAUUUCAAAACUACCAACGCGCGCUUCCUGAGUCAGAUAAAAGUUCAAGAGAAGUAUGUUUGGAAUAAGAGAGAAAGCACUGAGAAAGGCAGUCCUCUGGGAGAAGUUGUUGAACAGGGCCUAACCCGAGUGAGGAACGCCACUGACGCUGUUGGGGUUGUGCUGAAGGAGCUGAAGACUCAGAGUGCCCUAGGGCUCUUUCACCUCCUGGUGGCUGUGGAUGGAGUCAAUGCCCUCUGGGGAAGGACCACACUGAAAAGAGAAGAUAGAACCUUGAUUGCCCCAGAGGAACUCUCCCUUGUCCACAAUCUAAGGAAAAUGGUGAAAAAUGACUGGCAUGGAGGUGCAAUCGUGUUGAGCUUGAGCCAAACCGGGUCUCUCUUUAAGUCCAGAACAGCCUAUUUGCCGCAUGAGCUGCUGGGAAAGGAAGGAUUUAGUGCCCUAGAGCCCUUUCUUCCCAUCCUCAUUCCCAACUAUAAUCCAAAGGAGUUUGAAAGUUCCUUCCAGUACUACUUAGAGAACAACUGGCUUCAACAUGAGAAAGCUUCAACAGAAGAAGGAAGGAAGGAGCUGAGGUUCCUGAGUAACUGCAACCCCGAGCAGCUGGAGCGGCUCUGCGCCUCGCUGUAAGCAAGGACAGCAGGGGCCGCAUGCUGGGAAGACAGGUUUCCUUCAGCUACUGCACAUGAGGAAGUCCCAAGGUUCCAAGCUAAGCACCCUGACCUCACUGAUGGACUUGAAACGAUAGGAUGUUGUUGUCCUACAGCUAACACCAGUUUUCUGUUCGGGUUUUUACAUUAAAGAGAUCUGCUCCUGA